CAGCAGGCCUUUCGCCCAGGCCUCGCAUGGCUGCCGCUUGGUGAGGCCGCGGGGCUGUCGCUAUCGAACGUCUGGAGCGGGGCGCUGAAUUGUGGGGCGGCGAGGCGCGGGGCCAUGAGCCUCCCGCUGGGCUCCGUGCAGCAGAAGGUGCCCUGCCUGUUUGUGACGGAGGUGAGGGAGGAGCCCUCGGCCAAGAGGGAGCACCAGCCUUUUAAAGUGUUGGCCACUGAAACGAUUAAUCAAAAGGCGUUGGAUGCAGAUAUAUACAAUGCCAUGCCAACGGAAAAAGUGGACGGAACUUGCUGUUACAUAACAACAUAUAAAGGACAGCCAUACCUUUGGGCCCGGAUGGAUAGAAAACCUAACAAGCAGGCUGAAAAAAGAUUUAAACGUUUUUUGUACUCAGCAGACAACUCACGAGGAUUUACUUGGAACAUUGAAGAAGAUUUCAGGACUGUUCCUGAAUGCUGGAUUCCAGCAAAGGAAAUAGAGCACUGCAAUGGGAAACCUCUUCCUGACGAAAAUGGACAUAUUCCAGGCUGGGUACCUGUGGAGAAAAACAGCAGACAAUAUUGUUGGCACACUUCUGUUGUUGACUAUGAAUUUGAACUAGCUCUCAUUCUGAAGCCUCACACUGAAGAACCUGGUUUUCUAGAAAUAUGCCCGAUGCCUCUAUCCACAUUUUCAGAGCACACGCUGGAGCUCAUUGGAACAAACAUUAAUGCCAAUCCAUAUGGUUUAGGAAGCAAGAAACAUCCAGUACAUCUCCUUGUCCCUCAUGGAAUAUUUCAAAUAAAAAAUGCACCUGCACUGAAUCACAAUGAUAUAUUGACAUGGCUUGAUGGAUGCAAAGAGGGGAAAAUUGAAGGGAUUGUAUGGCAUUGUGCUGAUGGGAAUUUAAUCAAGCUUCAUCGACACCAUCUUGGUUUGUCCUGGCCAAUUGCAGACCCUCACUUGAUUUCUCAGCCAGUUGUUGUAAACUUCAGUGGGAUCAAAUAUGACUUUAACUUUGAACCAAAGACACUUUUUGAUUAUUUUUCAAAGUUGGAUGGACAAAGAUUCAGUAGCCUCAGGAAUAUAACAAGUGAUCUAUGACCAGAUUUCUCAAAAAGAUAGACAUAUGUAUCAUUCCUUUUGGCUCAGUCUUACAUAUAGUAUAUAUGUCACCAAAA